AUGUUAAGACUACAAAUACUACGAUGUAAUCAGUCAAGAAGUAGGAUUACAAUUUAUAGACUAUUCACAUUAAAGUCUGGUUCCAAAUAUACUUUACCAAAAGAUUAUGUACAAAAUAAAGAAUCCAUAAAAGCCAUCUCCUUGAAAGAAGGUUGGGAAAUUUGGAAAAAUUCAUUAUCUUCCAAAAGAUUAGAUAAUCUUCAAGGUGAAUUGAUUAAGCUUAUGUUACCUAAUUCUAAAGAAAAUGAAAAUAUUGAAACAAUUCAACGAAGAAUUCCAAUUGAUAAUAAUGAUUACAUUAAUACUGUAACAAUACGUCGGAAAAAUGAUGAAUUACCAAUUAAACAUGUUGUAUUUAUACAUGGUUAUGGAGCAUCAUUAGGUUGUUUUGCAAGAAAUUUUAAAAUAAUAGAUGAAUUAAAAAAUAGUGAGAAAUUCAAUUAUCAUAUACAUUUUUUGGAUAAUAUAACUUUUGGACUAUCUUCAAAUCCAUCAAUUCCGAAUGACAAUAUUAGUUGGAGAAUCCCAUCUGCUGCAAGAUUGAAGUUAAUUGAUAAUGAACCAACUGAUCCUAAAAAGUUAUAUAAGAAAUAUUAUAAGUUAAUAGAUGGAUAUCAACUUGAUCCUGAGAAUUAUAAGGAAUAUCAAGAACAUUUUAAACCUAUAUUAGAAGAUAUGGAAAAUUUUUACACUGGAGCAAUUGAUAGAUGGAGGAAAAAUCUUGGAUUAGAGAAGAUUGAUUAUCUAAUUGGUCAUUCGUUUGGUGCUUAUUGGUGUGGUUCAUAUUCUAUAAAAAGUUUUGAUAAAGUAUCAAAUUUAAUACUUUUGUCACCCGUGGGGUUGGAAAGAAACAUCAUGGCUAUUACAAAUACUGAUGAAAUCACUAAUAAGAAUGAAAGACCUACAUUAGACCCAACAUCUUAUAAAUUUUUAUCAAGAUUUCCAAUAUUAUCAAGAAAUCAUAUCCUAAAUUGGUAUUAUAAAAUUCCUUACUUACCUAGAAUUUUAAAAUUCUUAGGCCCAUUUGGAGUUCAAUAUUACUUUAAAAUGUGGUUAUCAAAAUUAUCAAAAAUCAAUAAAUUAAUUAAAAAACAUGGAGGACCGCAAAAAAUAUUUCAAAAUUCAAAUGAUUUAGUAAUUGGUUCACAGAAGGAAAUAAAUUUGAUUAUAGAAUAUUUAUAUAACUCAAUUACAAAUGGGACUAAUAGUGAUAUUUAUGUUAAAUAUUUAUUAACCCCAGCAACAGUUAGUAAAUGGCCAUUAAUGGAUAAAUUUUUAAAUGCUGAUUUAAAUAAGAUUAGUUUUAAUACAUUUGUUUUUUAUGGACAAUAUGAUUUUAUGAAUUCUGAAGCUGGUGAAAAAAUGAUUAAAAAAUUAAAUGAAAAAAAUACAUCAAAAAUUAAAUUUGAAUAUGACGAAAUUGCGGAAGGUGGUCAUAACUUGUAUAUAGACAAUCCAUUUGAUACAAAUAAAAAAAUUGCAGAAAUUAUAUUAAAUCAAGAAUAG